AUGGAAGGGUUAAAUGCAAACAGCUGGGUCUUGAAAUCUCCCUUCAGCAUCACCAACCUCCUUCAAGAUGUGGCCUCAAGCGAAGGUCCCGCGGGAUCGCUGUCAUCGCCGCUGGGGGGAGAAGGGAACGGAAUGGCAGCCGGUGAAGAACGGCAGAGGUUGGGGAAAGACAAUCUUUCCGUGGAAAGGCGAGGGAAACACGAGAAGCCGCCUUUCAGUUACAAUGCCCUGAUUAUGAUGGCCAUCCGUCAGAGCCCAGAGAAGCGUCUCACGCUCAACGGCAUCUAUGAAUUCAUCAUGGCAAACUUCCCUUACUACAAGGAGAACAAGCAAGGGUGGCAGAAUUCCAUCCGCCACAACCUCAGCCUGAACAAAUGCUUCGUCAAGGUGCCCCGGCACUACGACGACCCUGGCAAGGGCAACUACUGGAUGUUGGACCCGUCCAGUGAGGAUGUUUUCAUUGGAGGUGCCACCGGCAAGCUUCGGAGGAGGUCGCCUGCUUCCCGGGCCAAGCUGGCCUUCAGGAGAGGAGCUAGGCUAGCUUCGGCUGGGGUGACCCUCACUGGAUCUCUCUUCUGGCCUCUGCCCCCUCUCUACGGGGCCUCCUCAGCUUACCUGGGCCAUCACCCGAGCUCCUUCUCUUCUGUUUUCUCCCAUCAGGCUAUUGCGUCUCCAGGGAUGCAAGGACAUAUUGAAGGAAACGGUCCUUAUGGCCACCGUCAACACAUUGCCACAACGAUGUUGACUUCAGCCUUACCCUGCAGCGUCUCCAUACCUGACCGCCUGGACUCCUGCUCCGUCAACGUCUUAGCAGGCCAGGCCAGCUACAUCUUCUCUCAGAGACACCACCACACCUUGCCAAUUAGCCCUCCAGCUAGCCUCCCAUCCAAAUGCACUGGAGAUCUCCUCGGUGAAGUUCCUCCGACUUUCCCUGGACGGUUUUCUCCAGAGUUCCCAAACUACUUCACUUUCCAUAACCAGAGAGCUCCAUUUAAUCCAAGUCUGCCUUGA